AUGAGCGUUUCGGCGCCAUUCCAGCUGCUUGAAAUCAAUAUGAUUUCGGCCCAGGAUUUGGAGCCCGUUUGUCGACGUAAGAUGAAAACUUACGCGGUGGCUUGGGUUCAUUCCGAUCGAAAACUCUCCACCCGAAUCGAUACCCAAGGCCAUACCAACCCGACAUGGAACGAUAAGUUCGUUUUCCGUGUCGACAAUGAGUUCAUCCAACGCGAUACGUCGGCCGUCAUGAUCGAAAUCUACGCCGUGCAUUGGUUCCGUGACAUCCACGUAGGCUCCGUCCAAGCCAUCGUCGGUAACCUUAUCCAGCCGGACUCUCAACGGCGCCACCGUCAAGAAAUCGAACUAGGGAUGCAGUUCGUCGCGCUUCAGGUUUGGCGACCGUCGGGUCGACCCCAAGGGAUUUUGAACAUUGGGGUGGCGUUGCUCGAUAACACAAUGAGGAGCAUGCCGUUGUAUUGGCAAAUGGGGUCGUCAGCGGUCGGAUACCGGCAUUUAAUGGGCGAAGAAGAUCCGUUUCAAAACGGCGCCGGUGUCCAUCCUGUUCCAAGCACUAACAAAAGCAAUAAUUAUCAGCAAUUACUUAAUGGGUUGCUCAAGCCCGAGCUUCGGCGAACCAAGAGUGAAUCCAGUUCCGUUUUGGGAUCAGAUUUAAAGCCGAAAGGUUCCUCCAUUGUUAUUGGUGGAUCAACGGUGAACGACCCUGAAACUGGAAUACCCAACCAUAAGAUAGCUUCAAGAGGGAGUUCAAUGGUGAAUUACAAGCCUUAUAAAAUCCCCACCAAGGGAAAAUCUAGUUUGAUUGAGAACGGUGCUGAAAAAAACAACCACAAGAUCGGUUCACGAGGGAGUUCAAUGGUAAACUACGUGUUCGAUAAAAAUACUAACAGAGAAAAACGCGGCAACGGUGCGAAACUUGGUGGGUCGAUAAUAUGGACGGAUUCAGAACUGGGUCCUUCGCCUUCGGAGGCGGCGGCGGCUGUGGCUAGGAACCUACAACAUAACAGAAUGGAAGAGACGGGGAGUUCAGAGGCGGAUGAUUGGAGUUUAGACGAAAGCAUCGAAGGGCUUCAGUCGAAACUGGGAAGGUGGAGGACCGAGCUGCCGCCAUUGUACGACGGAGGGGAGCUUUCGAGUUACACGUCGAGUGGGGUUCCGACGACAUCGACGGUGAAAAACGCGAUGAACGAUCGAAGAAAUCCCCGCGGCAAAGGGAGAACGUUUACGUGUUUCGGCAACAUUUUCGGAUGUUCCAUUUCGAUAACUUGUAUGCCUGCGGCAUCUGGAUCUCUAAAAAAGAGAAAUUAA